AAAUGGGUGCUCCUCGGUGUCUGAUUGCACUACUUGCUUGCCUAUUUUUAGUUGAAGAGGUUGAGCCUAAAGUGGAGUUUACCAACUUCAAAUGCACUUCCUUGGACCCGAAGUUUGCCAUCGUUGAACACUGCUAUCUGAAGUCAGUGAAUCGUACAUAUAAAUACCUGGCCUUAAAAAUAAAUUUGCUACAAAAGCCCGUUACCAGAAUUAAAGUCAACGGAGCCACAUGGAAGCGAUUUAAUGGCUAUAAGCCGUCCCUUUAUAACGUUACAAUAGAUGCCUGCAAAUUUCUUAAGAACCCUAAGUCAAAUCCAGUCGCUGAUUACGUUCACAGACUCUUCAGAACUUACUCCAAUAUGAAUCACUCCUGUCCCUUUAAUCACGAUGUUAUUAUAGAUAAGCUGCCAAUUAGUUUCGUUAACCACCAGGUAACAUCAGUACUGCCAGUUCCCCCUGGAGACUACAUGUUUCAAUCGCAUUGGUACGCCUACGAUAUCAACCGUGCUACUGUACAAGUUUAUUUGACGAUAUUUUAAAGGAAAUAUAUUAAAUUACUUUGUUUGCCCGCCAACUUUUCAA